CAUUGCCUACACUGCUCAGCUGUUUCCUUCAUACUUGGUCUGGAUUGAACAUCAGCAGCCAUGCCUUCCGACCUUGAAAAAGCUAUGGAGUCCCUCAUUCUGGUGUUCCACCGCUAUGCCUCCAGAGAGGGGAACACCAACACUUUGAGCCGCCGUGAGCUCAGAGAACUAAUGGAGAAUGAGCUAGCCAACUUCCUCAAGUCUCAGAAGGACCCUGGUACAGUGGACAAGAUCAUGAGGGACCUGGACACAAAUCGAGACGGUGAAGUGAGCUUUGAGGAGUUCGUGUCUUUAGUGGUUGGUCUGUCCAUUGCCUGUGAACAGUGUUAUCAGUCACACUUGAAGAAGAUAGGAGCUCGCAAAUAAGAGCACAAGCAAUGAGGAUGAAUUACAUUUUUGUAACAUAAUAAUUUCAUAAUAAUCGUAUUUUUUGAAACGUCAGACUGUAUUAUUUCCUAUGAAACUGAAAACAAAGUUGUUGUGUAUGUGUGAAU